AUGGCCUUCUUUGAUACUCCUAUUCAACCACUGACCAAGGUGAGAAUGCUUUCACCAUUAAUUUGAUUACCAUCCAUGUUUGUGAUGGAACUUGAGAAAUACAUUGUAACUUGUGAAUGGAAAAACCACAGCUUAGUAUCAAACAAAUAUGUUUCCCAUUAUUUGUGUAGCAUUAUAUCAAGUCAUUUCAAAUGUUAAAAAUUACAAAAAUGAAGUUUGAAGAACUGUUAGGCUGACAGGUUUUCAGUGCAAUCAGGGUGCAAAGGAAGUCAGUUUUACAGCUUGCCAUUCGGGCAAGCUGUAGCUAGCAUGUACUAGCCUGAAAAGCAUAAAACUAGCCUGAAAAAGAUUUGAUGAGCAUGAUUGAUUACAUUUCUUCUGUAAUUUGAAUUCCCCCAGAAAAAAUCACUUACCCAUCAGGCAAGUUAAUAACAGAAUUCACUAGUCUGAUAGCAAAACCCACUGGUCCCAGGUUAUCGAACACCAUUUUCUUUGCAUGCUGGCAAUCCAUUUCAAACUUCUUUAAGUUUGUCAAUCCGUGUCUUUAUCUGUAAGGAGACAGCGUGGCCAAGCGGUUAGAGCAAUGGAUUUGUAAUCCAGAGGCUCCGAGUUCAAGUCUUGCCCUAACUGCUAGCUGGAUUUGUUCUCGGUAGUCCUGAGCUCAAAUCUACAGCCAUGCUUGUAAAUAGCCCAACCUUACUGGUGUGCCUCCUACCAGUUGGGAUUUUUAACCUUGUUUUUCCAUUUAGAUUUAUUUGUUUCAUUGUCCCUAAAAAGCCCCAUAAGGGGAGUGGAUAAUUAAGUACUUCGAAGGUUUUACUUCCUAAAAGAAGACUGUAUAAAUUCAUACUUUUAGUGGCAGAAGUGUUUUGCAGAAUGCUGAAUGCAGAAUGCAAAGGGCCAAAUGACUCUGAAAUUUAGUGAUUAUGGUUAGGAAACAGAGUGAAUCAAUUUCCAUUUAGAGUCAUUAUACCGGAAAAGUUCAGUGGCGGUUCCAGGGGGGGGGCCCUUAUUUGUAGACCAAACUAAGGGCCGAAGGUCCAAAAAAAGUUUUUGGAGACCAGGCCCCCCUCUCAUCUCAGGGUCUGGAUGACUGGGCCCUUCCCUUAUAUGAACGUCUGGAUCCGCCACUGAAGUUGACCUUCACUCUGUUUCCUACCCCUAAUCACUAAACUUCAGUGUCAUUUGCCGUUCUGUAUUCUACAUUCAGCAUUCUGCAUUCUGCAAAUAAAAUACCCGUACUGGAAAUGAUGGGUGUAGGCAACUUUUAAGUGCUGGUACUCCUUAUUUACUAAGAGUAACUUUUCUCUUUUCUAUUUUUCCAGGCAUUUCCUUUACAGUGGGGAAUAUGUGCACCCAAACAAUGUGAUGAGCACGAUUUAACUAACUUGGUGGAUAAAUUUCUUGCCUGUAAGUUAGCCAUUGUUUAUAUUAAAACAUUUAUUUUUUCAUUUAUGCUAACUAGGACUGCAGUGAUACGUUUCUUCUGCAUUAUAUGAUACAGAUCAUAUACAUGGUGUACAAAAGCAUGGUGUAGUACUUAUUUGAUUAUAAUCAAUGAUCAACUGGGCGCAAAAAAAAGGUGGUGUCUGAUAUCCGGAAGCUAAAGCGUAUUUUGCUAUUGGGCUAGUGAAUAAUGUCCAGCGCUGGCCACAAGAUCCCUACUUUCCUUUUUCAUCCUUAUACAAUGUACCGGUAGUUCUCCACGGUGUGGAAGUGUGAAAAGAACCCUAUACUUUCCUUGCUCAUCCCAAGUUCUACACUUGCACGUGAAGUUUUCGGGGAAUUCAAAUAAUUUUAUAGAAGUGUAAUCAAUCCUGCUGGUCAAGAUUUUUUUUUUUCGGGGGGCAGGGGGCAAGUCAAACUGACAUUCUGGAUAGUACAUGCUAACCUCAACUUGCCCCAAAAGCAAGCUGCAAAACUGUCUUUCUUUGCACCCUGAGGGGCCAUGUUUUGACCUCUUUAUCCAUUGGCUGAUAAAACAAAUAACGAACUCUUGCCAAAACCAUUUUUCAAGGUCAUACGAAAAUUGCUUUAUCAGUGGUCCUUUUUUUUUCUAAGUGAGCUUUGUCAGAAUUACCCCACCAGACUAAACUGUCUGUAAAUGGAACAUGUCUGUUCCAGCUGAACUGCACUAUACUCAGCUCUUGUAGAAGGACCAGCCUCACUCUCUUGUGUGAAUAAUUACAAGAAAUUUGCUAACGAACAGUGAUUUAGGAGAAUAGAGAUAAUUAAAAAGAGUGUAAAAAGCUGAGGUUUCGCAUCAUCAUGAUGUCAUUGGCAAAUUGCCUUCUUGAUAGACACCAGCUCAUGAUUAAACGGAACCUUUUCCCUGCAGCAUUUGCCUGAAAAUUAGCGAUGUACGGCUUGUCUGUGGGGAGAAAUCUGUGACUGACCACUUUUCAAAUUUGCUUUUCUCUAAAUUUGUUAUUAUAAAUGUCAGUUGUUAAAUGUUUUUGUGGAUUUUACUUAUGUUUUACUCGUAGUGAAAAUCAAUGUCAAGGGUAAUAGUAGAAUGGAGUAUUUUAGGUAAAAAUAUGUUUCUAGUACCGUGAUCAAGUCACAUCUUCUCUCUAAAGUCAUCAUAAGCCAAUCAUGACUCACGAUUUAAUAGCGUUGAACUUUCUCAAAACUCAGUUCAGUCAAAAAACAAACAGCAGCACUUCAAACCACGAGUUUUUGCACUCAUUACAUGAUAACUUAUGAAAGCUGUUUUACAGGAAAAGUCAACACAUAUUCAUGCGAACGUACAAUGAAAGAAUAUGUUCAUGGUUUGUUUACUACAGAAGUAGAAAUUAAUUGAACAUCAGACUGUACGCAGCUGUAUUUUGUUGAGUCGAUCCGUAAGAAUUUCGUUGUUACAGACGGAACUGACAGCUAUUGUAAUAGAGGACUUCAUUCACUUUUUACAAGCCGCAGUGGUUUAAUAUCUGUUUUCUGGACUUUAUUAUGAUCAAGAAAUGCUGCGGUAAUGACGUGGCUGCAUUUGCGAAGUUGUCGCAUGUAACUUUAUAUGCAUGUACAGCGACCGAUGGAAGUAUGUCAGUGGUGGAGAAAGGUUUCUUUGCCGUAGCCACAUAUUGGCGUUAAUAUUUGUUGAUUCGUGAAGUGAGGUGGUUUGAGGUAGGUUAUGGCAUUGAUAUCACUGAAUAAUUCGUGCAAAUGUUGGAAAAAACCAGCCCGAAACUCUGACAUCUUUCAUCAACGUUGGCAGCUUGUUUACAACCUACAGCGGCCGAUUUUGUACCCAUAUCUUGAUCAGAGAUCUCUUUUUGGAACAAGUAUAGGCACAGUACUGGAUAAGGAAUUUAAGUUUGAGAUAAAAUAAAUCAAGAAUGCUAAAACUAUCCGUUUUGUUGCUGGUUGGCUUAUGGUUAAGUUUUCCUAGAGACUUUCUACACCAGAAAUUCACACAGUUGUUGUCUUUCUCUGCGAUUUGGCAUCGUCGUGAAAUGUAAACUGUUUUCCAACUUUGUACUUUAUAACUUCUAAAGCUAUAUGGCAGUAGCGAAUUGUGACGCUCAGUAAUAAAAUGUGGAAACCAACGCUUUUAAUAUUAAGAAGGGCUGGGUAAGUAACUUGUUCUGUUUUUUAGCCUUUCUAAAAUCGUUAUUUCCAGAACAAUAGCCGGUUUUGUUUAUGGUUCGUGGUCCGGAUGCCUUUUUCUAUGGGUUUACCGGUAUAAUAAACCAUAGGUUUUUGACCAAUCAGAUCAUGCGUACUAUCUCAGUUAUUUUAUAAUUAGUGAUAGCACUCAAAAGUAUAACAAUAUAACAUAGUUGACAGCGUGAUCAGAGUACGAAAAUUAUAUGCUCUCUCUUUUCCUUUUUAGUUCUUAAAUUAGUUAACAUAACGAUUGAAUUGAGUCCACGAGUUGCUGAAGCAGGAAGCAAAGAGGCUAAACCUAUUUACUGCAAGAAAGAACCAGAAUACACAACUGGGGUAAUAAUUACUCUGUAAGUACAUAGCUAUAUGAAUCUUUGAAAUAAAAAUUGCGCAGAAUUUAUAGUAUUAUGUUACAAAGUGAAAGAAAGCUGGGUUAUUUACUUGGAACAAAUGCCACUAAAUCGUAGUCAACAGUUACCAGCACCGUACAAAUGACUUAUGGACAGAUCAGAAUCAAGCAAAACUAACUACGAAAGAAUGACUGGACGACCCAGGGGGGGCACUUGGGUAUUUCUUGGGUGGUAUGUGCCACCCGGGAGUCCAAAUUGGCACUCCGUUCUAAAAAAAAUUUCCCCUAAAAUUGAUACCCUGUUCUAGAAUUCGCCCUAAAACUGAUACCCCGUUCUAGAAAUGGGCCAAUUUUUAUACUCCGUUCUAAGGUGCAAAAAAGUACAACAGUUUGCUUGUUAACGAAUUGAACUGUAUUUUUUAAAAGCAAUCUGUCCUUGAAUAAUUUCAAAUGGCUGCUUACAAAACUGGAGCUUUAAAUGCGUUCGAAAUAUUAUACCCCUCUGAAAUGGAUACCCUGUUCUAAAUCAGGAGCUUCAAAAUCACGACCCUGUUGGGCGGCACAUACCCGUAUAGGUAAUGUAUGGGAGUACCCCACCCCCGGGCUGGACGACUGACAAUAUUUAUUUGGCUAACAAUAAACAAUUGUUUGACUGCGACAAGACAUGGAUCAAAACGCACCAAUGACAUUACAAGUCCCGAUAACCAAUAACAUCAUGGCUUAACUGACUAAUUGACUAACUGACUGACUAAUUGACAUUUUAAUUGAGCAGUCAGGUCAAAUAACCAGAAUUUAAUACCAUCAGCUAAUGUGAUACAACUCACUUUGACUCUGAAGAUGACUACCGCACAGGUUGUCAAAAUGUCAGUCACUGUCAACAACAAAAGUCCUAUUCAGGACUCAACCACCCAGACAAUCAUACUCAACCUACUUAUGAUGGUAUUAUUUAUACAGAACUGGCUCAUGUUCUUAAACUUCAACUUGUUUAAUCAGAACAUAGUGAAUUCACAUGUGGCCAUGACAGUAAACUGUGACAAAAAGCAAGCCCAAGCUGUGCAAAUACUAAAAUUUGAUUGGACAUUAACACAGUGCAAUAUCAUCACAUUAUACAUAAGAAUAAUAAUUAUUAUUUAUGUGCAAUUUAGGCCCAAAGCUAACCUAGCUCAAGUAUUCUGUCAUAAAUUUGCAAUAUUGUUCUGCUAUGUGAUCAAAGUAAUGCAAAUUGUUGCUGCAAAUAUCAAUAUGUUUUUGUUUUUACAAUUUGUAUCAUGUAUUGGUGUGCCGAUGAUCAAUUAUAAUCAACCAUCAAUGGAAAACUUUAAGCUGCACGAUAAUAAAUUUGUAGAAAAUGUUCAAUAGAUUAUUGUGGGGAAAAAAAAUGUCACGUUGGCAAAUAUGGGUAUUAAAUACUUGUUUGUUGUCUUUUUAUCAUCUAUUAUUAUUAUUCAAGGAGAAAGAGAAUUUAAUCACCUCAAAGCACCAAAAAAUUUUGAGGUCCAGCUGAGAAUCAGACUCACAGCCCUGUGAGUCCUAGAUCAGAUGCGCCAACCACUGAGUUACUGAAACUCUGUGAUAUUUGAGCAUAAAAUAAAAGUUGAUGUUGGCAAGCACUAACUUGUGAGCCUGCAGAUCACUGCGGUUUACCCCACAUGGUCUUUCCUUAUCUAGCACUGGGGUGUGCCUAUGCUAAAUUCCCUCUCAGUCAGCUCUUUCUUCUAUCACUGCAAGUUCAAGCAGCAAAGUUGACCCUUCAACCUCCUGUUAUUAUAGGCUUCCUGUAGUUGCUUGUCUUUUAUUUUACUUUCUGCUUAUUAUUUGUUUUUUGUUUUUCUUUGUGUUCAAUGAAUAAAUUUACGGUGGAAAUUGCUGCCUGCGGCACCCCAUCAGCCUUGUGCUGAAGCCCCAUCAUGGAACUUGGCCAAGGACAUUAUCCCAGCCACACGGAUGUGUGAACCAUGCUUCCCUUGCAGUACAGGCAUGAGGCACCCUCUCGGCAUGGCACCAUAUGCUGAGACCCCUCAUCUGGUGGGUUAUCUGGUCGGUGGGUUCUAACCGAGCCUUGCUGGCUUUUCCCUGCCCAAUUUCGUCUACCAAAGCCUUGUGUGUUGUGUUAUUUCUUAGUCUUGUCGCUGCACCUUAACAUUAAUGCCCCUUAUGUGAAACAUAUUGAAUGUUUGAGAUGAUUACAGUGCUGUAUGUGGCCAUAAAUCAUUGCAUCUUUGAAAUGGUCUUGAAAGGUUUGGUGUCAAAGUGUGGGUUUGGUAAUGAAAUGUUUUGUUGAAUAAUUUGUUGUCUUUUCUUGUUGUAUUUAGAACCUUGUGUGGAAUAAUCUUGUCUCUCUGCCUUGUUGGAACAGUCCUUGAUGUACUCAUUAGCUUUUUUAAACCACGCCCAUCAACAGUGAACAAAAGUGAUGGAUUCAUGCCAAUCAGAAAUGUUUCCAUAGCUACUGAUAAUGAUCAGGCUCCUCCUCAUGUUCCAGUCUUUGGAAAACAUGAUGGUAUAAGUGACAACUCACAAAUGAUUCAUUCCAUCCCUGAGGGGACAGUUAGUUACAGUUCUUCAUUAACCAGCUUUCCUGAACAGCCAAAGGAACCAAGUAAGUUUUGAAUGUUAUCAGAUAACUUUUUUAAACUGAUUCUUGCCGGCUUCAGUUGGUACUCUUAUUUAUUUUACAACCUGUUAAGCCAAAGACGGUUAAACAUAGCACCAUGAAGCCAUAAUUGGCUUUUACUUGGCGGGUAUUGGGGGUGGGGUUGUUGGCUAAAUGGCUAAUUCAAGGGAGUGACUGGGAGAAAAGCUUUGUACAAUGAUUAGGGCAGCUUUCUGUCUUGCCCUUUUCACCUAUCUCUGCUACAGUAAGGUCACAUACUGUGGGAUCAAUUUCCUGUGUAUCUUUUGAACCAGAUUUCAGGCUUGCCUGCAGCAGAUGUCAAUUUUCCUUAUUAGGUUAUCUAAGAAAGUGAACAUUAUCGUCACAGUAGAAUGAACAACCAAAGUGUGAAAAAAAAAAAAUAACCUGAAAAAAAAUUCAGGCUUGACUGGGAAUCAAACCCUGACCUUUCCAUUGGCUGGACACAAUGUUCUAUCCAUUGAGCUAAUCAAGCUAGCUGGAGAGCAAACCGUUGUGACAGGGUUGCCACAGUCAGGGAAAAGUCAGGAAAACGAAAAUUUUUCAAGGUAAGGGAAAAGUCAGGAAAGUCUUUGAUAUUAUCAAACUCAGUGAAAAGUCAGGGAAUUCUGUUUUCUGGUUUAUAGUUCAUAAGUGGUCUUCAAGAUUUUGAAAUGCAUUUUCUUUUGGAAAAGAAGAAAAGUAUGUUGCAAAGCAAGCAAAGCGAUCAAUUUGGCACUCUACAUCUGACACAUGUAGUAGUUGUGGUCAGUGGUUUUCGUUGUAAAUGCUUUAUUCCAAAUUCCUUCUUCCUCUUUCCAUGAAAACUGGAAAUAGGAUGAAAUCAAGAGAAACUAUCGAUGGCCUGCAAAAAAAGCUAAAGUGAAUGUAAAUGUCGAUUGUUUCCCAUUAAUAAAAGGUCAGUGAAAACUGUUUAAAGGUCAGUGAAAAGUAAGGGAAUUUUUAACUUUCUGAUGAGUGGCAACCCUGUUGUGAGUUCGUAAUAUACCUGAUGGUGGAAUUGACAUAAAUUGAUGAAAUAAAUCAUAUUUUGAACUGCAGAAAGACAUCAUGUUCACUUUCAUAUCUGCACUGAAUAUUUUUGUUGAUUGUGAAAGGCAAUUUAUUUGUUUAAUUGUUUUUUUAUACACAGAUGUGGUGGCAAAAUUCCUUUUGUGUUUUUCUCUUAUCCAAAACACAAACCGUAUUUUGAGUACUAACAUUCCUCCAGGCGCGAUAACAUCAAUCAAUGGCAUGAGAGUAUUGAGUAUGUGGUGGGUUAUACUUGGACACUGUUAUGCUUUUCAGACCACCGCUGGUCUUCCAAGUAAGUUAUUUCAGAUUUUUAUCACUGAUAAACUCCCAAAAAUUUACUUUAGAAGAAGAAAAUAAUUAUAGUAGGCAGCAACUGUUUCAGUAUUUUAAAGGCGAAAAGGACCUUUUGUGCAACCCUGGGUCUGAGGAGUGUCAGUGUAGGUAUGAGAGGGGGGUUGUUUUCCUCUCAUUGGGUGGUCAGGCCACUACUUUUCCAGCUUUAGGAUGGUGUAGUUCUCUCCUCAGUUCCUUAGACAUUGCAUCUUUGGUUGCUCACCAGAGACAUUCUGAGCCCAUUACUUUAAUGGAGUUUUGCCAGUGAUUCACACAACUGUGUUCUAAGUCAUUUUCACACUGUUCACCGUGAACAGUCUCAUGGAAGUAUAUAUGGUAGACUAGAGAAACGUUAAGCAAAUAACCCACUAAGUAAGGGACCCUUAAAGUCCAAUGAUGUCUGGAACCACAACCUAAGUUAGUCCUCCUUUGACCCAUUUGCCCCUGGAAUUUUUGCCCAAAAACGCUUUUUGAAGCUAGUCAAGCAGUUUUCUGGUCACUGUUGUGCUAGAAAGAGCUAAAACUUACCAUAAAGCCAUUUAUAGGUCGUACACUUAGCGGCCUUCUGAUCCAGAUGCAAAAUAUAUUUAAUCCGUUUACUGCCAAACGCUUACCCCUUAACUGUGAGCAUGACUGGUUGGGGAUACCAGGAACAGAAACUAGAAACGACUUGCAUUUAGUGUGUCUCUUCUUGAGUGAUGUGUCUUUGUAUGUUUUGUAGGUAACCUUUUGACAUUUUUGGCAUAA